GGCAGCUGCUCAGCCCGGAACUCAACCAUUCAGCCGGGGGAGAACCCAGCAAAAAUGUCUGAGAGUGGGAGCCAGGAAGCCGCCGGGGCCUCAGACAGCAGCGACGGGCCGACGAAACAGACACCACCGAGACCGCCCGUCGGCAACAGGGUGACGGUUGUUCUCGGGGCUCAGUGGGGCGACGAGGGGAAAGGGAAAGUUGUGGAUCUGCUGGCACAAGAUGCCGACAUGGUGUGCAGAUGCCAGGGUGGCAACAACGCCGGACACACGGUGGUGGUGGACUCUGUGGAGUACGACUUUCACCUCCUACCCAGCGGCAUCAUCAACCCCAAAGUCACCGCCUUCAUUGGAAACGGAGUUGUGAUCCAUCUUCCAGGCCUGUUUGAAGAGGCUGAAAAAAACCAACGUAAAGGAAACGGCCUGAAUGACUGGGAGAAAAGGCUGAUCAUCUCAGACAGAGCUCAUAUAGUGUUUGACUUCCACCAAGCGGUCGAUGGCGUUCAGGAACAGCAGAGGCAAGAGCAAGCAGGCAAGAACCUCGGGACGACAAAGAAGGGGAUCGGUCCGGUAUACUCUGCCAAGGCUGCACGCAGCGGGCUCAGAAUAUGUGAUUUACUGGCCGACUUCACUCAGUUCUCUGAGAGGUACAAAGUGCUGGCCCAUCAGUACAAAGCCAUGUAUCCGACACUGGAGAUUAACAUAGAGGGAGAGCUGGUUAGAUUAAAGGACUAUGUGGAGCGGGUUAAGCCCAUGGUUAGGGACGGUGUGCACUACAUGUACGAAGCUCUUCACGGCCCCCCCAAGAAGAUCCUGGUGGAAGGAGCCAACGCAGCACUUCUGGACAUAGACUUCGGUACCUAUCCUUUUGUGACGUCGUCCAACUGCACGGUAGGAGGGGUGUGCACCGGCCUGGGCAUGCCUCCCCAGAAUGUGGGUGAAGUUUACGGGGUGGUUAAAGCGUACACCACCAGAGUAGGCAUCGGUGCUUUCCCUUCAGAACAGAGCAAUGAGAUCGGAGAGCUGCUUCAGACUCGAGGGAAAGAGAUUGGCGUGACCACAGGCAGGAAGCGGCGUUGUGGCUGGCUGGAUCUGGUGCUCAUCAAAUACGCUCAUAUGAUAAAUGGCUUCACUGCUUUAGCACUCACAAAACUGGACAUACUUGACGUAUUUACAGAGAUCAAAGUGGGGAUGGCGUACAAAGUUGGUGAUGAAAUCAUACCUCACUUUCCAGCCAAUCAGGAGGUGCUGCAGCGCGUUGAGGUUCAGUACGAGACUCUGCCGGGCUGGAACAGCGACACGUCUGCAGCCAGAAGCUUUGGGGAGCUGCCGGAGAACGCCCAGAAGUAUGUGCACUUCAUCGAGGAGCACGUAGGAGUACCUGUCAAAUGGAUCGGUGUGGGAAAGUCUCGGGAGUCCAUGAUCCAGCUGUUUUAGAUGAGCGGGGACGGCGCACAGCAGCGAACCAACCGUAACUUUCCUCCUCCAUCUCCCCCAUUGCACACAUCCUCUACCUGCGUGUCUCAAAGACUCGACCACUUCUGUUUUUAUUGUUUUUGUCUCCGCUCCAUCUGUCCGGACCGCGUCGCACCACUGGCUCUGCAGACUGGACUUCCAUCAGACUGAGCACUGUGUGUGAAAGAUUUCUAACCAUUUUAACAGUUUUAAAAUAAAUGUUAUAACACUGUAUGUCCUCCAUUCGGAUGUUGUGGGGUCGUAGUGGUUUGUUUUAAAAAGUAACGCUGUCUUUGCGGGGUCCGCGACAUCGGGGGACACUCUGAUGCAGAAAUGAGCUGUUCUAAUCGGUUCUAGUGUUUUAUUCUCUCUUUGUUUGAUGCUGUGAUCAGUGUCGAUCACUUUUAACCUGAGCACUUUAGAUGCUUCGGACUGUCAGCUUUAUAUAUAUAUAUUGUUUCCUUUUUGUUUUUGUCUGAUUUGCACAAUAUGAGGACGUGAUAAAGGGAUCUUUUAAGCUUAAAAAAAGAAAAAAUCAGUCUCUUGUAAUAUUUCUGGUCUCACAGAGGUCUGCAGACCUAUUGCCCUGUCAGUCAACAAAUAAGACCUAUUCAUUGAUGUAUGGAAGUUGGGAAAGGCUUCCGAUGUCUGCUGAUGUUAAGAAAACCCAAACAUCUGUCAAUAGUGUGGGAAUUUGCAAUGAAAGGGUACAGAAAAUCUCAAAUAGAUAACCUUCUUUGCAGCUGAAGAUGAGUUUAUGUAGCUGGGAGGUGGUGGUGGUGUUGGGGGGGUUACUGCUCAUAUUGUGAUUCAACCUUUAAUGAUUUCUUUGCACUUUCACUGCAACACUCUGUUAAUGUGUGAGAAACGUACUGCUAACUUAUGAACUGAUAAAGAGAAUAUUUCAGAUAU